AUGACCGUGUUUCUAUUGCUUAGUGUAUGCAAAAUCUGGUGGGAAUCUGCGAAUAAACCGCAAGUAUACACGGCAAAAGAGUGGCUCGAGAGGCAUUUUGGACCAGGAGCUAUGUUUCUUCGUACCGGAUUUCACAAAGACCAAGAGUAUUUUAGAUCGCAUUUUAUGCUAUAG